AUAUUUUUUAAUUUUUGAUCGAAAAUUUGUAUAUAAAAGAAGAGUGCUUCAACAUUAAAUCAGUAAUUUCAAAAUGGUCAAACUACUGGCUUUAAGUGUUUUAUUGGUGGCCGUGUACACCAGUACCGUCUACGGAUAUCCAGGUGGAUAUGGUGGUGGUAGUCAUGGUGGUGGUAGUCAUGGUGGAGGUUUAGGAGGAGGCCAAGGUGGCGGAUUUGGUGGUGGCAGUGGUGGCGGUGGUUACGGUGGCCAAGGAGGUUUCGGUGGUGGAAGUCACGGAGGUGGUUUAGGCGGAGGCACCGGUGGUGGCUUAGGCGGCGGUCAAGGAGGUUUUGGUAGUGGAAGUCACGGCGGUCAAGGUGGUUUUGGAGGCGGACAAGGUGGAGGUCUCGGUGGUGGUAAAGGAGGAGGCUUUGGAGGCGGACAAGGAGGAGGUUUCGGAGGCGGUCAAGGAGGAGGUUUCGGAGGCGGUCAAGGAGGAGGUUUCGGAGGUGGCCAAGGAGGAGGUUUCGGAGGUGGUAAAGGGGGCGGCUUUGGUGGACAAGGAGGCGGUUAUGGUGGAGGCAGCCAUGGUGGUGGUCAUGGUGGUUAUAAAAGUCAUGGAUAUUAAUUAGGUUAUAAUAAAAUUUUAUAAUAA